AUGUCGACGGCAAGCAUCAAGGACCAUGCCAACACGCUUCUGAACCUCUUGGACAUGGAGCGCAGCCUCGCAAUGGCACUCCUCAAUGCUAAGGAAGAUCCGAAAUACACCUCAAUCCGCAAUGCCACCUCCGGUCUUGUCUUCUUUGGCACACCUCACCGUGGAGCAAAAGCCGUGGAGCUCGGGAAGAUUGCCGUCCGGGUCGCUCGCUUCGUGUCCAACGGCCAUGCCAGUAAUGACCUUCUGAACUGCUUGGAACACAACUCGCUAUUCACCCGCCAGAUGACGGAUCGAUUCCGACAUCAGCUGGAGGACUAUAGGGUGGUCAGCUUCAUUGAAGGAAAGUCGGUUCAAGUGGGAGGCAUUGGCCCAACAUCCAUCAGCCACCUCGUGGUGGAUGAGGAGUCCGCUGUGUUGGGACUGUCCGGUCUGCGCGAGACUCAGCUGAAGCUUGAUGCAGACCACUCGCAAAUGUGCAAAGUUGCCUCUCGAGGCCCGAUGUACCGGUUGAUUCAAGGAAACAUCAAGCAACUGGUUGACCAAGCACUUUUGUCAGAGCAAGGAUUUAUCCCGCAGCCGAUGGCUCAAGGGGCAGGUCCUUCGCCGCCCCCCAUACCACCGCGCAUCCAUUCCAGCAGCAGCAUCCCUUAUCAGACACGUCCACCUGCCCCAAAGGAGAAGGUAACUGGCAGUAUGUUCACGCCGCUAGACAACGAUCCCCGAUCGGUUAAGUCUGCGGAAUUAAAGAACUGGGCCAGGUGGGAUGAGGCUCGGACGGUUGAAUAUGAGAUAUUUCAGGAGCAUUUGCGAACGCUCGGCCCUGAUCAUUUCAGCACACUAGCGGUGGCAUACAAUCUCGCAGAAGUGGAGCUCGAAAGUAACUUCUUGGAAAAAGCGAGUGAAUGGUGCCAAUGGGUAUCUGAUAAUGCCCAGCGCGUCUUCGGUGCCAAGCAUCCAUUGACGAUGAAGACCGAAAGUCUGAUGUCCGAAAUCUUGGUCCAAAAAGGGCAAUACCAAGAGGCAGAAUCCGUCGGUGCCAACGUAUUGGCGCGCCAGCAGAUGAGCAUCGGCGAAGAGCAUUGGGAUAUCUGCGAGACACGACGUCGGCUAGCCAUGACAUACAUUGCGUUGGGCCGUCAAGAGAAGGCAGUCAUGACCUCGGAGAAGCUCACCCAAACCCUUCAGAAUCUUCUGGGUGAAACCCACAUUCGUGUCUUCGCCUCAGCGCUCGAUACGCUGCAAUAUAUCAUUUGCAAUACCGGGGAUACCACCGCCCUGAUUGUGAUGCGAUUCCAACCACAGGUGCAGAAAGCGGUUGAGAUGCUACACCAGAUCCACGAGGACCUUCGAUCCGUCCUCGGGCACAGCCACCCCUUUACCAUCCGCGCUCUCUGCCUGCAUGGCCGAGCUCUUGGGUUCGUUCAGCAACCAAUCGAGGCGUCGGAGACCCUUCGUCGGGCACUGGCGAGUGCAGAAGACUCGCUCGGGGCCGAUCAUCCACUGACCAUGGCUGUUGUGAGCAACAUUGGCGUUAUGUAUGCUAUACAAGAUGCAGCUUCCUUCCAAAACGAAUCAACCGAGGCGUACCCGUGGUUGAUUCGGUAUCUGAACUGGCUGGAGAACCGCAAAGGCAAGGGUAACCCGGAGACGCUGGCGACUUUAGAGAUGCUGGCGAAUAUGCAUUUCCGAGCGAAGGACUAUGAGUCGGCACAGACUUAUUUCGAGCGUAUCGUGGAAGGGUCGCGGGGAGGGGACCAGAAAGUGGUGGAGCGGACAGAUAACUUCCUCCAGCUGUGCCGGGCUAACACCAUGUAUACACCGCGGGUGCGCGGGUCGCGGCGGGGGGUGAGUGGCAUAUUGUCCGCCUUGCAGCCCGCGUCCAACCGAUGGAAUUUUUGA